AAAACAAACAAUUAGAGGGUGCUUUGAGAGCUUCCUGUUGGCUCUGAGCUCCAUCACGUUCUCCCUCUACUUCCAGCAGCUUUUGAAUCGACAGCUGUGGACAAAAACAGGAGUGGCAGAAGCAGCCACCCCCAGGUGAGUCCUUGCACACAUCUUGAUCCAGACCCAGGGACUCAGAGGACACAGCUCGGGAACACUUCUGAGCAGAACUCCACAAAUAAAAAGUUAAGAAAGCAGCAAGUGACUGCAGAGUUACUGGCACGAGAAACACGUCUAAUUUGGUGGCUUAACAUCCCAUAAUCAUUUACACUACAUGAAGCCACGCUAAAAUAAUGCAUGGCAUUUGCUCCACCAAUACUUUCCUGCUGCUGAGAUGGGGGCACAAAGCUUCCCUUCUUCCCCAAAGGCACUCAAUGGUUACACAGCAGGUAAAGGAAGGCUGUGAUUUUUAAAAGAAAUAUUAUUGUUUCAAGUAGCUCUAGUGGAGAAUUUAUUAAACAGAGCCAUACAAAUGCAAACAAAUUCAACCUGGUGUGUUUCAUCACCGGAACAACAACUCAGAGCCCCCUUGCUGUCAACUCCGGCUGUCUUUAUCAUGAGGUUUGCCAUCAUUUUGUUUCAAAAGUUCUUGCGAGGUUGUUAAUGACCACUUCAUUACCGUCAGCUCUUAGCACAGCACAUUAAACACAAAUAUCCACGAACCACUAUCACAAGCCACAGGCUCAUUACCAGCACAACAUUGCUCAAACCUAACGGCAACAGUUCUCUGGAAUUUCAGCUACUCCAGAAAGAGAACACCAUCUCUUUGUCACCGUGGGGAUUGUUUAAUCCUCUGGUGAUUUUCUAAGCACAUCUGACAGGACAACAGUUAUCUCAGAGAUACGGAGCUCCUGUUGUUUCUGUGGAAAAAUCAGUGAAGCAAGAGAAAAGAACAGAAUCGUGAAGCUGUCACAUGACGUCGUCUUAAAGGCUUUACAGAGCACAACAAUUCUAAAAUUAACAUAGAAAUAUCAGUGUAACUCCAGCUACAGAAGAAUAAUUUAUUCUGGUUACUAAAUUAAAAGAAGAAAAAUCAAAAGCCAGCUCCCCCUGAAGAUGUGGCCCGUAGGGAUUUUCCCUUACAGGGUUCCCUUUCAAGAUUAAAAAUUGAUGUCUAUGUAGGACAUUUUAUAAAUAAAUAGAAAAAUAAUAGAUGUAAUGAGAGCUCUGAAAUGACCAAAAUAAAUGCAGAGGUACAACAAACAGUUAAGACAACUUAUCACGUUUUUGUUCUGUCAGGUUUGAAUUGAAUCAGGAAGAUUAUCUGGUUUAAUCUGCCCGCUUGCAGCCUGCUACAGUCCACGACAAGAGAAUCUAACAGCACGGUGAGGCUGGCAAUCUGCAGAUAUUAACACUGCAAACGUCACGCUUUGACGGCUGAUCCCGGCACAAAGCAGAGCGGGUCGUGGCUGAUGAGAGCGCUCCCCCACUAACGAGCUCAUCCCAUCCCAAAAAACAAGAACAGGGAGGCGUUUGCUUCUCAUUCCAGACAGCAAGAGCCACAUUUAUGAAUGAUUUACUCCUGGGGUUGAGGGCUCGAUGCAAAUGAGCACAAAGGAAGUUGUCAGCAGCAUCGUGCUCUGGCCAAUGGAAGGAAAGCUCCAUCUUAGCUGUGCCAUAGGCUGCACUAAAAAAAGGGACCAGAACGGCGCUCUCUCAGCAUCCUUUCGCACAAGAGGUAGCUCCCCAAUCUGUGCCAGUGAGCAGACUCAGACAGCUCCUCAAGAAUGGCAACCCUCAACAGCACCCACUGGAAUGAGACUACUACAUCCAUCUCCCAGUAUCUGGGCUUCCAAGUGCAAAAAAUUUACCCUUUCCAUGACAACUGGAACACUGCCUGCUUUGUCAUCCUGAUCAUAUUCAUCUUCACUGUCGUUUCUCUGGUGGUGCUGGCUUUCCUGUACGAACUGCUGGACUGCUGCUGCUGCGUGAAAAACAAAACUGUGAAGGACUUGGAGAACGAGCCCAACCCCGUCAGAGCAAUGCUGAACAGCUUCAGGAAGCGGGACACAGAGGUGGUGUAGGGAGCGCUGAGCGCCCGCACUUGGAGAACUUGGUGUGACACCUGGAAUGAAGCCUCCUCUAGCUUACAAACGAGCAAGUCGUGUGCUUUUUUUCUUUUGGACUUAAAUAUCCACGGUGGCAAUUUUAUCUCUGGAUGUGAGCUGGAAUAAUGGGCAAAGGCUUUCCAAGUGCUUAGCAGAAAGACAAUCUCCUGCAGUGUUAUGGGAGGGAAAAAGAUGGCUGUUUUUUGAUGAACUUUUGCUGUUUCUAUUGAGUGACUAGCAUAGAAUUUUGUCUACCUGACAGAACAAAUGCUGUCCAACAUGCAUAAAACUCUGUUGCUUAACUGAAGAAAACAUUUAUAAAAUGUCCAACAGUCUGAUCACAUUCAGUGCAAAGACAGCAGUGUUGCCCCACCGAGUGAACCACACAGGGACAGGACAGACAGACAAGGGGUAAGAAAAAAGUUGGGGCAGGAGGGUUGAAUGGCAGGAGACCCUUCAGGCACGAGAGGAUUGGGUGCGUUCUAGCCUUUGGCAGCACUUUUUAUUAUGGGUUUCUUGCUUUUAGAAGAGAGGGUGGUGGGAGGAAGACUAAGCCAACAAGAAAUGUAUCCUCAAAAUGGUCUUUUCUAGUCGUCCUGAGGGUAGUUUGACCCCUCCUCCCCCCACUUCUCCAGUUCCAGGGAGCUGUUCUCCCCUUACUUCAAAUGCAGUCUGGCCAACAAUUGGUGGGUGUUGACACCUGCAUAACCCACUACCUUCAGAAUAUCUGACCCUUUCCAAAAAUCCCGCUGGAAAUGAACAGGGACGAACGAUUCUGUGCCCCAAGGCUGCUGCUUCUGCGGCAACCACAACAUCACAGGGAGUGGGACACGCUGGAUCUAUCAUGCCUAUCCCAGACUUUGAAAGCCAAACUGGAACUGGUGGAGCUCUUGCCAAGAACACAGGGAGAUGGGCCACAGACCUCGCACACUGAAGAGGGGGAUGGCACCCAGCCCAGGUGCAGCUUCCAGCGCUUCGCACAAGAGAACCUCACUUGACUUCUCUCACUUGACUUCAUCUGCCUGCUGACACAUCCCAGAGUUCACACUCACCCCUUCCUCACGUCCUGGCCACAGAACUCUCACACCUCUGGCUCACCAGCCCUUGGUGGCUGUGCUGUGCCGGUCAUUUUUAAAACCAUUCAAGAUUUGCAGUUACAAGUGACAACUGUAAUAACAGGGUCCAACAGUGCAGCCAUCAGUAACUCCUGGCAAGCCCUUCACCCUCCUGAGCCCCCACAGAAAUGUCCCAGAGCAAAGCUACAUGUGGGACAAGUUAUUUAACUGUAUUAACUCCAGAAAACACUCCUGCCACGAAGGAAACAAAACCCACCUAAAGGGCCACAGCCACAAGGGACCUCACAGUCCAUCCAUGUCUGAAAAACCUUGGUGCUAUGGGCAGUACCUAUAACGAUCUCUUUUUUGACAUAUAUCCAAUCCCCCUCGCAGGUUGAACACGACUAAGCUCCAGAAGAUCUGGACUCAGUGGAAGACUUGCUAAUUGACACGCGCUGCUCCUGGCUGGUGAGAUGGAGUCACAAGACACCCCGGGCAGGAUGAACUAGCACAGCUAGUGCAGAGAUUCCCCUGGAGAAGCAAACUCCCUCCUGCAGUCACAAAUCCCCAGAGACACACUUCUUACAGCCAAGUCUGGCAGAGAACGCUUCAAGCUCAAAAUGGAAAGCACAACUGAUGGAAGCCAAUGCCCUGAGUACAAGAUCAUUCAGGACUCACUCUGAGAUGGAUGAUGAAGAUAACGGCAGUGGUGAUCAGGAUGACACGCCACCUUCUGCUCUGUGACAGCAUCAGACUGGGAAGCCCUGCUCGAGAGGCCAGAGUAGCCAUCAGGAUGCACUGAAUUAAAUCCUGUCUCUCUCCUAGAAGGAAAGGCUCUGGACACUUGCAGCAUUCCCACAAAACGCCCAUCACGCUGCACACAAGAGGGCACUGUGUGAAGCACGCCAGCCUCUGCUGCUCUGGCAAUGCCUUGGAGAAGCACAUGGAAUGACAUACGCUGGGACUCAUCCCAGCUUUUCAUUUCACAGGUCUGCAGAGGGGAAUGGGUGCGGGCACAAGGAGCAGAAGGCAACGGUGUCCCCUUGCACAGAACCAGAGAAGACUCAGGAUGAUUCUUUCCCACAAAACAGCCCCUGAAGAUUCCGGCUCUUGACGGCUGCCGGCAGACACCACUGAGACAAAGGUCUUAAGACAAAGACCAUGGCCGCAAUUUACUAUUGAUUAAUAAAAUAAAACAAACAGAUUGAUCCAUCUCA